AUGGCUUAUCAACAGCACCCGCCUCUCCCGGGUCCAAGCUCAGGUUCGGGUCUGGGAGGGCUCCAACACAUGAAUUCUCCAUUUGGGGAUACCACCCUAACUAAGGUUUUUGUUGGAGGACUGGCCUGGGAGACGCAAAGUGAGACUAUGAGGCGGUAUUUUGAGCAGUUUGGGGAGAUUCUCGAAGCUGUCGUCAUUACUGAUAAGAACACUGGCCGAUCCAAGGGAUACGGUUUUGUGACUUUCUGGGACCCUGAGUCAGCUAGAAGAGCAUGUGCCGAUCCAACUCCAAUAAUUGAUGGAAGGCGAGCAAAUUGUAAUUUGGCUUCUCUUGGGCGACCUCGACCAGCACUUCCAUAUGGACGGUUUAGAUCACCAGCACCUUACCUUGGAGGUCUACAAGCUGCCAGGGGUGCUUAUAUUGGAAAUUUUGGCUACCAGCAGCCAGUUACAUAUGGCUACCAACAAGGCUUGGUCUAUUCUCCAUAUGGGUAUGCUGCAUAUAGUCCAGAAUAUGCUUAUCCCCGGGGUGUUUACAAUCCUUAUGGAAGUCAGCAAUACCUUCAUGUAUAUGGUGUACCUGGAACAGUCAACACAACUAUGUACCCUUACAGCCAGUUGAGCCAGAUUCUUCCAGGAAGUCAUAGUUAUUCGACAUUGCCAGGAUAUGCAAUGACUGGGCAUCAGAUUGUGCAAUUUGCUGGGCCUAGUGUAAAUGCGGUGACAACUACAUCUGUUCCAACUGUUCCGACACCAUUCGCUACAGGUGUCGCAGCACAUAUUCUACCGCAACCUCAGUUCAUACUACCUGCUCAUUCUCCUCAAUUCAUGCAGGGUAGCGGUUCUGACCCAAAUGCUGGGUCUUACAUUGUCAUGCUCACCAGAGAAGUUGAUGUCAGAGAGAGGAAAUGGAACGUGUGA